CGCCUAGCUAGCUUCCCUCACAAGCAGCAAGGCGGGAGCGAACACGCCGGCGACCGUUAGCUCGACGCCUCGACCGACCUCCGCGCCGUCGCUCCGCCCUUGCAAAGCCGCAGCCGCGCGCUUUUAUGCUCGCGGCAGCUCGGUUUGUGGUCUCUACUAGCGGUAUCCUCUCGCCCUCGGACCUUUCUGCGAAAGCGAAGAUUCCGGUAUGGAGGUGGAGGCGACGCCCACGACGGCCGUGUCAUCUUCCGGCGUGGCCGCGCAGCUGCCGCCGCCCGGCCCGCCCGCCAAGAAAAAGCGUGCCCUCCCCGGCAUGCCAGAUCCUGACGCGGAGGUGAUCGCGCUGUCGCCCAAGACGCUGCUGGCGACGAACCGGUUCGUGUGCGAGAUCUGCAACAAGGGGUUCCAGCGGGACCAGAACCUGCAGCUCCACCGGCGGGGCCACAACCUGCCGUGGAAGCUGCGGCAGCGGAGCGGCAAGGAGGUCCGGAAGCGGGUGUACGUGUGCCCGGAGCCCAGCUGCGUGCACCACGACCCGUCGCGCGCGCUCGGCGACCUCACCGGGAUCAAGAAGCACUUCUGCCGCAAGCACGGCGAGAAGAAGUGGAAGUGCGACAAGUGCUCCAAGAAGUACGCCGUGCAGUCGGACUGGAAGGCGCACGUCAAGACCUGCGGCUCCCGCGAGUACCGCUGCGAUUGCGGCACCCUCUUCUCCCGGAGGGACAGCUUCAUCACCCACCGCGCCUUCUGUGACGCGCUUGCCGAAGAGAGCGCCAAGGCGCGGGCGGAGGCGCCUUCCGCGGAGGAUGGGAGCUCGGCAGCCGCCGUGGUUCCGCCACCGGCACCCCCGCCUGCGCCGGCGCCACUGCGACAGCAACCGCCCCCGCCUGCGCCGCAUCAUGCGGAGCCACGUAAUGAGACUGACACGAAUGCGACUGAGGCCGUCCAGUUCGCGCCGCCGCCUCCGCCACCGCCGCCGCCUCCGCCACCGCCGCCGCCGCAGUUACAGGUACCGGUGCUUUCGCAAGCUUCGGUGAGCGCUGCUGCCAACGUUGGCGCCAGCAGCAGCAGCAGCAGCGUCGCGGGGACGUCGCAGAGCCUGCUCGGCGGUAUGUUCGCGCCGUCGUCGAUGGCGUCAGCGCCGCAGUACGCGGACCUCGGCGGCCGGCCGGAGCGCGCCCAUCCCGCCAAGCCCCCGCCGCUGUGCCUCGCCACGGACGCAUCGUCGUCGAUCUUCUCGGCGGCGCCGGCGGUGACCGCCGAGCGCCAGCAGUUCGCGCCGCCGCCUCCGUCCCCGUCCCCGUCCGCACACAUGUCGGCCACCGCGCUGCUGCAGAAGGCCGCGCAGAUGGGCGCCACCUCGUCGAGCUCCUCGUUCCUGCGCGGGCUGGGCCUGGACGUCUCCUCGUCGUCGCCGGGCGCCUCGUCGUCAGGCCAGCAGCACCAGCACCAGGAGGCCAUGCGGGUGUCACUCCCGGACGCCUCGCUGCAGCAAUGGCCGCCGCGGCUGGAGCUGGAGCCGGCGCCAAUGCUGUCGGCCGGGCUCGGCCUUGGGCUGCCGUACGACUCCACCGGGGCUCAGGUGAGCCUGCCGGAGCUCAUGAUGGGCCAGUCGUCUCUGUUCAGCGGGAAGCCGGCGACGCUGGACUUCCUGGGGCUCGGGAUGAGCCCGUCGGGCGCGUCGGCAGGACGAGGCCUCCCCGCGUUCGUCCAGCCCAUCGGCGGCAUGGCCGGGACCGGGGCCGGCGCAGCCGAGACGUUCGGCGCCGGGCGUGGCGCGCAGGCAACGCCGUGGGAGAGGAAUCCGAGUAGCUCGCCGAUCCUGUAACUAAAAACUUGGAUAGCAAUGCAAGUAGUUUGGAUUGAACCCCAGGCGCUGUGAUUUUGGGCAAAAGGAAGAGGAAACAGUAGACGCCAGGUUCGAUUAGCAGCUACGUAGUCUUAUGUUGCACUGCCGGUUCUUGCUGUUCUUUUGUUUCUCUUAGCUCGGUACGAAGAAACUCACUCACUCUCCUACAAGAAUGCUGCUUUGCACUUGCUUCCUCCCGAGUCCCGUCGCUUGCCGUUGUCUCUUCCCGAUUGCUUCCUUGCGCUUGUCGUGCUGCCGCCACUGCCGCGGCAUUUAAGCGCGCGGCACAGCGGCAACGCAAAAGUGGACCGCGAAAAUAAAUGGGAUUGGUUGC